AGGAGCCCCUCUGCCUGUUGUAGCAUAUCUCCUGAAAAAUAAAUUGUUGCACAUUUAGUGUGGAUAUUAAAUGAAUUGCAAUAUUCUAUAAUUGAGGAAGCGUUUAGUGGUUUUCAUGGUCUCUAAAAGUCAGUUAGCAGAGCCUAGUUUGCACAGCAGCCCUGUCGUUCUUUGUUCUCCCUGAACCAAAGAUGGAGGCUGAAGUGGCUCUGUUGUAAGGACAGCCUAUGGCAGGGUAACAGCCAUUUUGUGGCAUUGCAGUUUCAUCUACGCAGCAACAUAAGAGUGUAUUUCUCAAUUACUUAACAGAGUACAACAUAAACUACGACUUCAAAUCAUCUUAAUACAUUGUUGGAUGAAUGACCAAAUUAUUUGUCUGACAUAUAGCUACAUUUCCUUGUAAUGUGCUCCACAUUUCUUAAAUACAAUUAUACAAUUAAAAAUAGUAACCUCAUAAGAUAUUCAAACACUCAUUACCCCUCACUGCUGCAUCAAAUUAGUGAUCAUGAGUUUGGCUUGUAGUCCCUCUUUUAUAAUGAAGCACUAAGAUCGCUGCAUACCUUUGCAGACUGACAACUUAAAGCCAACACCUCUAUCUAUGUAGAAACUCAAACAACCAUGGUAUAAAUGGAGCAGCAGGGUGGAGUUAUUUACACUCUAAUGGCCAUUUUCAGUCUGUGCAGACAACCAAUGUGCGACAGCAGAGGAGGGUAAUGGGUGGGAGUUGUAUGUGUGAGACAAGCAUCUGUAGGAGGGGGUGAAGGCCAUCCUGCCCUUCGCUUACAAUACAUAGCCUAUUUACCACAGCACUGAAUAACACAUUUGGCUUCCUCUUCACUCCCACUUUUCACAAACCCAUAUUUUCCUUAAUCUCAUCUACGUUGUUCCCACAACCUGCUUCUCACACGUUUAUUUAUGUAAUACUAAAUGUAGUUUCUCACCCUGCAGCCCAGAAAACAAAGGGUGUUAAAUGACUGAAUCCAUGCGUCCUGCUGGAAAUCUGUGUCAUGGAUGAUGAGGACGAUCGCCAUCUUCUUGAUAUUUUAGGAGAUGUGGAUGCUUUGAAUGACUAUCUCCAUGGCAGCAACAGCAAGUCUAUUGAGGAGGAUGAUGUAACAAAUGCAGCUUACGGGUCGGAUGGGUCCUUCUUUUCUAGUGACACGGCUGGCUCCAACUCUGGCCUCAAGGAUGGCUCUUCUACAAUGGGAGAUUUCGGCGAGGAUUCAACAGGGGCAGGCCUCCAGCUCUCCGGUAGCCUUUCAUUUAUCGAGGAUGAAUUGGGGCCUGGGAAUUCUCCCGGAGGGGUGGAUCUUGGGAGCGAGGACCAGCCCUUUGACAUCCUACAGAAGUCCCUUAUGGAGGCCGACAUCACAGAGCAGACGUUGGCUCAGGAGGCCUUACUGGACUCCCAGCCCGCCCCCACUCUGGUGCAGGCUCCGGUACCCUUCCCCUCCCAGCUGGUUUCUGGGGGGGGUUAUGGCGGAGGAGUUGUAACCACGGCGACAGCUGCUUUCCCAACAGGCCAGUUCCUACAAGGGGUGUCCCCGCUGCCCAACGGCUCCGCCCAGCACAUCCAGGUGUUGGGCUCGUUCGGGGCGGGGGGUGGUGUGAUGACUCUGAGCAACUUGGAGAGAUCUCCCCAGCUCGUGUUGAGGCCCGGUGCGCCUGUAGCGUCAGGGGGGGCCACAGCAGGGGGGCAGGUGUUCGCCCCUACCCAAGGGCAGGUGGGCCUACCUUACAAAAACAUCCCCCUUCAAAACAUCAUCAUCCAGAGAGGCCCGGGGGGGACCCAGACUCUUGUUAGACCCAUCCAGCCUAAACCCCUCCAAACCGGGGCUCAGACUGUGUACAGCCUUGGUCUUGAGCACACUUCCACCACCAUGGCUAAUGUAGUGAAUGCUAACAUGGCUUCUCCUGGGGGGCAAUACACAGCCAAUGGCUCUAUCGUAGUGCAGCCAUCACUGGAGCAGCAGCAAGGGCAGGCCCAGACAAACGUACAGCCUGGACAGUUCUCAAACCCCCUGAUUACCAAUCAGAACGCUGUGCAGAUUGUUCAGGGGCAGAACUUUACUCCACAGCAGGGAGGACAGCUCAUUUUGAACCAGGGAUUAGUCUGCAGGAGUCAGGUUGGAGGGGGUGUAACUCAAACAUGGACAGGGGUUUCUUGUGCGAACCCAGCCCCCAUGCAGACGUCGUGCUCUACCGGGCGGCUGACUCUGGUGGGUCCAGCAACGACGGGGAUCGGUGGUCAAGGCCAAGUGCAGGGGGGCCACGUUCAGCGCCUUCUGGUCACUCAAACUCAGAAUUUCACUUCCCUGUCACCUUUAGCCAGUACUGGGACACAGGAAGACUACAGACAGAAUUCUUCAUCACCUGCCCUCAAUCAGGUGCAGCUCAGCAGCAUCCAUGCCAUGACAACAAUGACUCAAGACUCAAAUAUGAACUCUCAGAUCAGUGCUCAGAAGAGACCUGCCCUUCCACCACUUACAAGAGGAGAAAUGAUUUUACAACAGUUGAAGAAGGAUCAUGCUGGAGUUCAGACUAUAGAUCUGCGUCGAUUCAAUUCAAUCGAUGAUGCACUGCAGAAAAUCCUCCCGUACCACGUGUUCCAGGGAACUCCACCCAGCCAGGAGGAGUUCUCACAGGUGGAUGAAGAAUUUGAAGUAGUUGCAACCCAAGUGCUGAAGAGGACUCAUGCUAUGGUUAACAAAUACAGACGGCUACUUAUGGUGGAAGCGGAGCGUUCCAGUCCGUCAUCAGAAAUGGUGAUGAUUGACAGGACGUUCAACCAAGAGGAACGCAGCAACCUGACACAAGACAAGCGCAUGGUACUAGUGGAUCCAGACACAUUCUUGGAAGACUUUUGUUGUGGGAGUAAAUCCAAACUAUUCCAAGUUCCCUCCCCCUCCAAGUCAACGUCCAGCUGUAGCCUGAAUCCGUCGGACAGAGGCUCCACGGAGCCACCGCACAGGACAGACUCCAAGCCCGGGUUUGGAGACCCGGGAGGGGGUGGAGAUGCAGGACCAGGUGCAGUAGAUAAACUCCACCCUCCGCUCUUAGAAAACAAGAGUGUCCUGGAACUGAAGCGAUCUCAGCAACACUACGGGCCCAGCAGCGACAACAUCCUCCCAGCUGCCAACAGUUACCCCCAAGGUACCCCCCCACCUUUCACAGCAACAUCAAGAGGACAGACGCACUACGAGGGGUCUCACCACCUGUCCUCGCAGCAGAUCCAGCCCCAGUUACCCCCUCAGCUCUCCUCCCCCCCUCACGGCGACACAGACUCUGCUCUCGAAGCGGCAGUCAACAGCAUCUUGGAAUGUUAGGACUGUUAUCAUCCCUAAUGUAUCGUUUUUUCCCCUGUGUAUCAAUCUCCCCUGUUAUAUUUGUUGUAUUCCCCCCACAAUCUGUGUGAAGAGAGGUUUACUCUUUGUGAUACCAUCUCCGGCCAUGUAGCAUGUAUUUAGUUUGUCUUUAUUCCCCGUUGUUUUUUGGGGGGGGCGUUUGAUGCAUGAAAGCACUUCAUAUGACCUAUGAACAUCCGGGAAUGUGUGCAAUGCAAUGAACUCACAGCCGGAAAAUGUUUUGAUUACUUUAACAUUUUAAGAGUCUGCAAUUUCAGUAACUUGAAUAUAAGAGUCCCUCUCUUCACACACACCUUAUUAAUAUUUUGUGCCAGUUAAUCACCCCCCACUACCUAUGCUGAAAAAGGAGGGACAAAAUUACGACUUUGUGCCUAAUUCUAGGUUUUUAUUUUGAAGUGUUUACAUGAAGGAGCUCUAUUCAAAAAUAUCCACUGCUUCAGUUCCUGCAUUACAAACAUGCAUACAUGCUUAUUACACCGUGUUAGGUAGAUUCAUGGUUCAGAGGUAUAGAUUUCCUUAGGUAAGCUCAGUAGAGACACAAUCACAUAGACACAUUGCACUAAACAUACUGUUGCUUAUUUCAGGAACUAUAUGAAUAUGUGGCUUGCUGAUUUAACGCUAGGCUAACUAGAUUGUGAAUAUUUGGAACCAAAACCAAAAUGUGUUCUCCUGCGUUCAGCUGCCUGCAACAAGGAUAACCUCUCCAUCACUCUAUAAACCAGUCAAACUAGUCACAUAUAAACAUGCAUAGUAGUGUUACUGUACUCAGCAAUGCUUUUUUUUCUUGUGCUCAAGUCACAGUUUAUUUGGCAUUUUUUUCUUUUGUACCUUAAAGGUAUGCAAGCCCCGACACAGACACAGGACAAAUACUCGAUCUCAACCACUUUUAUCAUUUCACAGCGUGUUUGUGUCAGGGGGAGUUUAGUCCUCAGAUUGAGGAAGAUAUGUUACAUUAUGAUUUUUGGUUUUGUUUUUAAUUUCCUAUUUUUCUUAAUUUUUUUAAUGACAUUAAAAAAAGAUGACUGUUUGUUGUUCCCCGGCUUCGUGAAGAUGACAAUAUGGUCAUUAGUUUAUAUGAUCCUGAAGGGUCAUUGAUUGUACGUAUGUUGAUUUGCCUUCUGCAUAUAAUUAUAUACUGAUCAUAUCCAGCUAUCUAUGCUUUACUACAGUGACAUGGCAGUGUGUGUGUGUUACUCUGGACACAUACACACUGGUCUAUGACUAUAUUUUCAUGUAGUUGGGUUGUUUGAUUACCAUACUCUUGAAUUUAUUCACGUUCACUCAGUCUCAUAGGAUGUUUUCAUCACUUUCCAGUUGGUUUUAAAGCAUUUCCUCUCUUUUACCCUCUCAGCAGCGCAACCAAAACUCGAAAUAGGAGAAAAAGUGGCUUUGUCCAGAAUCGCAGUCAGAUCUUUACGUCUUUGUGCUGGGGACAACAGAUUUGUAGUGUUUCCUCUGGAGCUGUGCCCCUAAAGCUCCUAGUGUGUAAUGGUUAUGUCUUGAUUCUUUUUUUGUAGUUUUUAUAGUCCAAACUGAAUUUAUCAUUCGAUGUUAUCGUGCUGUAGAAUGAAUCAGAAAUAUUGGCCAAGUAUUUAUUUUUUUAAGUGCAUUUUUUAGCAAACCUACAGAGAUCUGCACUAUAGUAGAAGCAAGACAAAGCAAUUUACAAACCGACACAGCACCAAAGCUUAGUUAAAUGCUGACUCUGGAUAGUGCCACCUAUCUGCUACAGGAGCAGACUGAAGGCCUUUUGCAUGGGGGGGGUGGGGGGGGGGGUAGAGAACAAACGUCUAUUUUUGUGUCUGAGUGCCAGUGGCCAUCGCAGCAAGCCUGUAUCUCUGCCUCAACCUUUAUAGUACUCCUAUAUCUACCAGUUCACAAUGAGAAAAAACUCCCUCUUUGAAAGGAAAUCUCUGUCAUGUAAGGGUCACGUGAGAUUUGCUUCUUUAAGUGGCUGCUGCAAGACUUUGUGCCUCUAGCGCUCUACGGGAAAGUUAGUAAGAGCUGGUUCAUGUUAUCUGGAUGCACUUCAGUGUCCGAGGGCCUGGUUGAAACAUACUGUGCUUUUUCCUCCCGUUAUGAGUUCAAUGAUGUUUUUCUUCCUUAAUUUUCACUGUCGUUUCGUCUCACUUGAUUUGUAUAGUUUGUUGUUUUGUACAAAAAUGAAAAGUGAAACACAAAAUAUUUAUAAUUUUUGUAUGGAGAAAAAAAAGAAUGUAAAAAAAAACCGAACAAAGUAAAUGAGAAAAUGGAAAUUAUUUUUUAUUGUGUUGGCUAUGAAGUGGAGUCGAGAAAAAUGGUUACAAAAAUACUGUAAUUUCUUCAUUUGUAGCCAAUGUGUGUUCACUACAGCAGCAAAGAGAGUCAACAAUAAAUUCAUUUUGAAUACAAUAACAA